UGUCUUGGAACUGGAGACAUGACGUGUUGGUUUACAGUUGGGUGCCAUUAACGUUACCUUCUUUAACACCAUCAAAUAUUAACUGCAUCUCAGUGCUGUCCACUGGCCAGUCAGGUCUCUUCUUCAAGCCUGCAAGGUGUCUCUCAACUUUCCUACUCAGGGUUGUUGUCCAUUAUGUGUCAUCUACAGCUGAGGACUUUGAUUUUUGUAGCCUGGGUGUUCGGCUACAUCGCCUUUCUGCUCUCCAUCAGGAGGAUGUGGUCGGAGAAGUACGUCCGUAGUCCACUCGUCCGUUCGCUGUUAAUGAAUAUGGUGAACGAGAGCGAAGCGGCCGCGAUGGAGACACAAGAGUGGUACCAGUGCAGCCCUGACCUGCUUGGACAAUCAGUGAAACCCCUGUUUGUCCAGAGCCACCUGGACACAGACACCAAGGCCUUUUUAAAGCGGAGUGUGGAGAAGUCUGGCUGGCUGUUCACUCAGCUCUAUCACUCAUUUGUGUCUACAGUCCUCAGCCCUGUGGUCUCCCGCACUUCCAUCAAUGGGUUUCUGGGUCGUGGUUCUAUGUUCGUGUUUUCGGCGGAGCAGUUCCAGCAGUUGCUCCGGAUUGGCCCAGAGUGGAGGGCUGAGAGGCUCCUGGACCUCGGAGCUGGGGAUGGAGGCGUCACAGAGGUGAUGGGAGUCCAUUUCAGAGAGAUCUAUGUAACGGAGGUCUCAUUACCCAUGAAAUGGCAUCUCCAGAGGAAGAAUUACAUUGUGCUGGGUAUAGAUGAAUGGCAGCAGACUAGUUUCCAGUAUGAUGUGAUCAGCUGUCUGAACCUGCUGGACCGCUGUGACGAUCCUAUGCAUCUCCUGGGGGACAUCAGGCGGUCGCUAGUUCCCCGCACAGGGAGACUCAUCCUGGCUGCAGUGCUUCCCUUCCAGCCGUAUGUGGAAGUCGGAGGAAGAUGGCAGCGUCCCAAAGAACACCUAAAAAUACAAGGAAAAACAUGGGAGGAGCAAGUAACCAACCUGUCCAAUGAGGUUUUCCAAAGGGCGGGGUUUGAGGUGGAGGCUGUGACCCGGUUGCCAUACCUCUGUGAAGGGGACAUGUAUAACGAUUACUACGUACUCGAUGAUGCAGUGUUUGUUCUCAAGGCCUCAGAGGAUAGUUCAGAGUCUGCUCACUGAAUACCAAAUGACCGUCGGAGGCCCUUAUUUUGCUAAUCCAACUUUAUCUCGGUAGGUUGCUACUGUAAGGAUAUUAGUGCAAUUUUCACAAGCUUCAUUCAUACAACACACUAUUUCUUACUUGCAGGAAAUAGUGAGUUGGGUGUGAAGUUCAGGUGCUGUAGUUCCUACAUUUACCAGCUAUCUUGUGUGACAGUAAUAUGUCCACUUUUUAAGCAAAAAACAAACAAACUGAAGGGCAGUUUGCCCAUAUUGAAAGUCACUAAACAUAUCGCCGUGGUGUAGGUCUCCAUUCUAAUACAUUAUUUGUGGGAAAUGUUUACUGUUAGUGUUUCGUCAUUCUGUAAUAUAUAUGGGAAUGAUCUUGGUUGAGUCUUUGUUACAUUUGUACUUGAAUUUUUUCCCGUUAUUUUUUGCCCCAUCUGUUUUGAGUCAAGUCGCCCCCUACUGCGCCGUGAUUGGCUAGUAAUUGCCGUCCUCUGUUUUACAUUGUUGAUUGUAACCCCUCAAUGUAGCUGGUUGUCAUAGCAACGCCUCACACAACUGCAGGAACAUAAUGUUCAAAGCGACCCACACCCGCAACCCACACACACUAGUUGAUGUAACACCAGUUGUCUCUUGAUUUAAGUUCAAACGUUUCAGCAUUAAAUAAAGACAAGUCCAAAAACGUUUAAGCACAUUUUCGAAGCGCCAUCAAUUUUCAGAAAACUGCCAAUAAUCGAAAUCUACACAGUUGAUUUAUCUCCUCAAAACUUUUCAGAAGUGGAUUUAGUAAGGAAAUAGCGUCCGAAAAUUGUAAAAUAUAAAACAUUCUGUUGCUGGCCUCUGUCUGGCGCGCACAAUGGUGAUGCAGUGAAUAGUGAGUGACGAUUCUCUCUGACCAAUCAGUAGUCUGCUGUGUUGUCACGUCACAUUUUAAUAUUGCCUCAGCUCGCUUGGAACCUUAACGGAGGUGAAAAGUACCAAGUAGCAGGAACAAUUACCAGGUACAGAUUUUCUAGAUCUGACUAAUUAAUAUACCACAUUAACACUUCUGAGGGCCAUACGUUAAUAAUGAGCGUAGUCGUUUCCCUACAUAAAAUGUUAUUUAAACUGAAUAGCUUUAAUUUUAAAUAAUUUUGCCUGUUUUGCUAUUUUCCACAGUUCACAGGGUGGCUGUGGCUCAGGAGGUAGAGCAGGUCCCCCACUAAUCAGAAGGCUGGUGGCUCGAUCCCCAGCUGCUCCAGUCUGCAUGAAGACUAGAAAGGUGCUAUAUAAAUGCAGUCCAUUUACCACAAUCCAACCUUUGUUUUUUCUCGAUGGCAGUACAUGGUUUAAGGAAUAUGUUCAUCGAGUUGAAGUUACAGUUCUGAAUACAAGAUUUGCUGACAAGAAAAUGUUAUAUUAACAAGGGAUUAAAUUCCAUAGAGAACUCUCAUAUCCUGAAACAACGUGGCGCUCGUAUCAACGAAUGGUAAAGAGACAUGACAACAAACAAUGAGGAAUAACUUUUGAGGGGGAACGCUGGUGUACUGGCCUCAUCCACCUGUUAGAAGUUGUCGCAGCUGCCUCUGAAGCUGGGGGCAUUCUGCCCUGGGCCUUGAAGCAUUGAAGGGGCAUCUUUGAGAAGACGAGUCGAAGGGAGACUCUAGCCAUGGAAAGCAAGCCCUACAAGGGAUGAGGUUUUGCAGCAGUCAGCUCCUUCUGCUGCUGUACAAACUUGUGGGGUUGGUGGUCGGGGCAUAUUGAUUCGAGCAGCAGAAACAGACUGGGUAGGUUUUGCAAAAAUUUUAAAUAUAUUUGUAUUAUUAUUACAUUAUCGUGAACAUCAGUGGUGUCACUGUUGAUAGCGGGACUAGUGUCGCUAGUGGGACAAUUUGACAGAAAAAACGGCGGCGCCAGCAUAUAUUCACAAGGAUGCGUCAAAGUAAUGAGCUAGCCAAUAACAACACAGUAGGGCGGGACAUGACACCUGACAGAUGGUGGGGGAAAUUACCAAUUUAUUUGUUUACAGUGUCUCAUGCAAAGGACCAAUGUAUGCACACACUUGAUUUAACCAGUAUGAAUCGGCUUCUUGUACAUGAAUGCACAUUUUUUAAAACUUGUUAUUAGUGAUAAGUAUGAGGCCUUUUUGAACCGAGCCUAUGUCACUUAUGGGAGUGGAUAUUACCAAAUAAUGUUUGGAGCUGCAUUUAUUGGGGGGGUUUGCCACUAGGGGGCAGCAUAAGAAGCUGAAAACACAACAAAUAUAUAUAUGGUUAUUAUCAAUACAAAACAAUAAAACAAUUCCAUAUAUAGCCAUACAGAAGCAGGAGCGACAUGUGCAACUCCUGAGGAAAUUAUCUGGCUCUUAAGCACAAUGUUCAUCAGCUACUUGCUAACCUUACCUGUCUGACACUUUUAGCUGAAACGGCUUGCAAUACCUGGAAAUUAGCCUUAUGAGAGUGAAGUUGCAGGCCAGAAAAACAAAACAAUGAUCCAAAGCAGACUUCAAUGCUCUGUAGAGCUGAGGGGGGCUGCAAAUUUUUAGCAUUUUUAUUGCUUUUGAAUUCAACUUUUUAUUUGUAGUGGGAAAACUGUUUUAUUUUUACUUUCAAAAGUUACAUGUUCUACAUCAGUGCUGUGCACCUAGGAUGUUACUGCACAAUGGACUAUUCAAGAUGUGCCACAAUGAAUGCAACAUUUGUGUUUAAAGAGUAUUGUAUGGGGUUCCAGAAUAAAAGAAUCUACCUUAU